ACUGGCAACAACUACUCAUGUCAUGUCUACACUACGUCAGAGGUUAAAAACAAGAAAAAAAAAGAACUGUCUAUGGUUGACGCCUUGAUUGACGCUAGUUGUAGAUUUUUCUUAAGAUUUACGCCGUUUUAUAUCGUUUUAGUAACCAUUCAAACUAAUUAUGAUCGAUGUUUCAACUAUUAUAAUUUAUUUCUAAUUAAUUGUACAAAUGCUUUACCUCGUAAUUAAUUUAGAGCAUAAAGAUAGUGAUCGGAGCAGAAGCAUACCAAUUAUGUGCGUCUUUUAUAAUUUUACAUGUGCGUGAAUGAAAUGUCAGAAAUAUUACGCAUUUACUUAGAUUUCUUAUUGUUUUGACCAUGUAAUACCGCGUCAACGCGAAGAUUUAGUUUUGCAUCACCGCGAAGCAAAUAUGCAAUUCUGUUGUAAUGAAACGAACAAAAGUGUAGUGUCGGUAGGUAGGUUUUGACAGCCGGCUGGCUCGUCGAGAGUGACUUACGGUUGGCUUCCUAUAAAAAUGAACAGUCGUAGUAGUGUAAAUGAAACGAAUUUGGUGAAUUUCUCGGCGGAUCUUUCAACAUUGAAUCAAUUGGAAACUAAAGACGGCCUGCUGAGUUUUCCUUUUGAUCAUAUAUACGCAUGUCACUCUGAAAGUUCGGAUCGCAGAUCGAACCUUACGCUCGACAAGGAGGUUGAAAUCACGACACAUUGUGUGGUUGCUGAAGAAAAAGAACUGGUCGUCAGUACAAGCCCAGAUGUGACCAGACUUACUGAGCAGCUGUCAGCUUCGGAGGGCCAAAACAAGAGACUCAAAGACCUCCUUGUAUACCACUUGGACCUCAUACAACAACAGAACGAGCUGAUCACUAAAAGGGACAAGUUAUACCAGGCUUUAAAACAAGAGAAUGACACACUUAAGUCCAAGCUGACUCGCAUGGACAGGCGGCUGACAGUUAAUCAGAGACACUUUGCUAACCCCCCGCCUCUGGUGCAAGUGCCAUCCUCCAGUGUGACCAAUGUGACUUCAACCAUUGUCAAAAGUGAACCUAGCCCACCAUCGCAGAUAAUGCUCAAUAGUUUUACGGAGCUCCUGUUGACAGAUAGUAGAUCAAAUUCGUUUAUAUUUGAAAGUGAUAUUAACAAAGCAAAGCCUUUUGCCCAGGAGCCUUUUGAAAUUGCCAGGACUUCAGAAGCAGAUGUAAUUAGCUAUUUACCAGAUAAUUUGGGCGUCCCAACACUCCUGGAUACAAACCUCAGCUGCGAAAAUUUCACAAUGAUUGAAAGUAAGCGUUCGUUUGUCAAAAAAGAAAUCAAGACUGAAAACCGUUCUGAACCACUGUACACGGUCACAUCAAAUAGUGGAAACCCGGUUAUACAAAGAAUACAGAGGAAUAGAAGAAGAACUACUUCUGGAAUUAGCAGCUUAAAUCGAAUGAAAAGUCCUGGAGCUAAAGUAGAGCCUGUAGAAAGUGCAAAAAUAUUGGAAGAAGAAAAGCCAUUUGAGCGUAAUUUUAGUGUAAAUAAAAAAUCAAAAAUGAUCAACACAUACGGGAAAUCCAAAAGUAAUUUUAAGAGAGCCAAUCAAUUCGGAUCCCUGUCGGACCGGCUGCAGCUGAUCGACACCACGCCCACCGGCGAGGACCCCUACCAGCUGGGCGAGGCCGACAUGCGCGAGCAGUCGCCCAUCCCCAAGCUCAUGCUGCAGAAGACCAACCACGGCCGCAUCAAGAUCUGCACCGAGACCGUGGCCGGCGGCCCCGCGCCCUCGCGCCGCAUCUACGAGCCACCGCCCGGCGCCGCCAAGCUCUCCAACAAACUAAAGCUGGACAACCGGUACAACCUCACCAACACCAACUACAUGCACCCGUCCGAAUUGAAAGCGGAAGCGUCACCAAAGACGCUCAUCGUGGUCGAACCAGAUUUAGAUAUAGUUAAAACAGAGCCGGAGAUUGAUUGGCGGAUGUAUAAUCCAAACAAGCCCGGAAACGAGACGAGCCUGUGUGACUUUUCCUAUGGCGAGAAUCCUAAUAAUUUAGCAUCUAAUAUUUUGCCCUCGUUGGACGCCGUUGAAUUUCAAGAUUUAUUUUCAUCUGAUCCAUCUUUGAACUUGGACAGUCUGAACCCAAUAGACUUUAGCCCUACAACUUCUACUACCGACAAGAGCUCACCCGAUAAAUCCAAACGACGAGCGGGUCGAACUACUAGUCUCGUGGGACCUAAUACUAUAGUGGAAGAAGUAACAGUGGCAAGUAAACGUGGAGGGGACAGCAAACGUGGUAGAAAACGAGCCCUCUCCAACGGAGUACUCAAAACGAAACGUGAAAAUCCUCCGAAAGUUCCCGCCGUACUCCCACCGACCAGUACAGCCUCCAAACCAAAGUUAGUUAAGGGAAAAUCCGUUUUGCGUGGUAAGAAAUCGCCGCUGCCAGGCAUGGUGACCAAGAAACCGUACCAUACGCUCGUGGGCGACCCAGACGUCUCGUGGUACCUCGGGUUGGAUCCCGAAGUCAAACCUGAAGACGUGGAUCCUCCUGCUGACAGCAAAGUUUCCACUGUAGAGGUGCCGCGGUGGAGAGAGAAGCCCUACACGAGCACCUACACCUUAGAGGGGACAGAGAAUUUAGAUGACAAGGUUUUUGAAAAACGCCACCAGAAAUUAGAAGCCGAGGAGAGGCGGCAGCUCAGAUGGCACAUGAGGCGUAUCCGCGAGCAGCGGCACGUGGAGCGGCUGCGGCAGCGACAGCGCGACCCGUGGGGCAGCGCGUCGCCCGCGCACGCGCAGCCGCCCGCCACCUUCACCAUCUGGCCGCACACGCAGCGCGACGCGCGCUUCAUCGAGAUCACAGACACGCUGCCCGUCAUGGCUUUCGGCGAGAUACUCCCGGCGAUACCUCCGGCAGACUUCGUGUUACCUUGGGUGAGGUCUUCAAAGGCUUUGAAGAGAUCUAAAAGAUCCAAAACAUUGCAUUGAAGUGUCAGACUUAUAAAGCGUGUUAAUAAAAACUUUUAUUACAGUAUGAAUUAGUAACCACAAGGAGCCCUACUCUAAGCAUACAAUGUAUGAUGGAAGUGUUAUGAUUUAAUCAGAGCUCAUUAUGACGGGUCAUUGUAAAGAUAACAGCGCAGCAAGUUCGUAACUCGUGCGAGUUCUCUAAAUAUGAUAACGAUGGUUUGUCACUUAUCUUGUAUGUUCACAGUUUUUGUCAUUAAAUACAGCGACUUAUUAUGUUGCAAUAUGACACUGUCUUUAUUGACAAGAUGUUAAGCGUACAAUGUUGGUGUUUUAAACCAUAGAUAAGGUCUUUGGGUACAAUAAUUUUCUAAUAAAUUGCUUGCCUAGAUACACAAUCGGCGCGUUACUUGGGUAGCGCAAUAACGGAAAGUUUCCACGCGUUUGAAUGUUAUCGUUCGCUUGUUGUUAUUUGAUGUCGUAAUUUUAAUAAGGGUGAUUAUUGUACCGAAAUAGUUAUCUGGAAUAAUGCUUUAAUUUUAGUACGGACUGAGUAAUAAGUAGAUCUUAGGUAAAGGAUAUUGGGUGUAUCGAGUACCUGUAUACGGUGCUCGGGAGCAGACGUGUGCGGCUUUUAUGCCACGCCGCGCCGCCGCCGCCGAUAAAUGAUCGGCGUGAAAUCUGCGUGACCUUGAGUGUUGUUAAUUAGCUAUUCCAAGUUGGUAUUUGGAUUAUAAUAUGGAUUUUUUUGUAUAUAUAUAUAUGUUACAGUGUGCAAAUAUACAUCAAUUAUUAAUUAAAUGAAGCAGAAUAGCCAGUUACACAAACUGUUUGAUUUACACCGAUUAAAGUAACUGAGUAAUCCUCAGUAUUCAGCGUCUAGAAAGAUGAGGUAUUUUUUCGUGUUAAUUGUGAAUCCACAUUGCCUCACAUACAAAGGCAGAAUGCUCCGUGAUUACAAUGACAAGAACGAAAACACAGGGCUCAUGUACCAUGGGAGCAGGAUGGAACAGAAAAAGAAAACUAACUGGCUCUAAUGUUGCGACCAUCAUUCUUGCUUAUUUGCUUGCGUCUUAAACUGUAGUGGAGUCCAGCAAAAAUCUGAGAACAUUGAUGUGCGAAAACUCGAGACCCUGGGUUUCCUUAAAAAAGUCGUGUGCCAAAAAUGUCGAGAAAAAGAAAAAGAGAGACAACAUUGUAGAUUCAGUGUCAAUCUGGCGAACCAAACAUUAUUGUACUAGUUAUAAACUUAUAAGCCCUUUCCGUAAUGGGCCAUCUAACAAGAAUGAAUGAUAAUCAUACAUCGUAGUUUUUGAUUUGGGAAUGAUUUGAGUAAAAGUAGAGAUAAACAGAUAGGUUAGUCUGAGAAAACCUUAUAUUAUGCCUAAUGAAUAACGACCUCUGUGAGUUUUAUACUUACUAUGAUACAAUUUUAUUUGCACCACACAAGCUUAGCUCGUAAAGACCCUCUUUAUGUAUCUAAAAUAGAAGAGAAAGUUGCAUUUUAUCCACAAGGGUGGAGAAGUAAUUUAUUAUUAUUAUUAUUUGUAAUGCAGGCAGGCAGUUUAAACAACUGAUAAUGCCUGUAUCCAGAGUCAUAAACCAAGUUCUCAGUGUUGAGUAGAAUUUGCUUUGUGCUUAUCUAAUUUAUUCUUAAACUCAUUGACACUUUGGGCCGCUACUACAUCCCCUGGGAGUUUGUUCCAAGCGUUGACCACUCUGUUGCUCAAGAAGUGUCUAUGAGGAUUAUUGUAGGACCUGUGAGACACCAGCUUAUACUGAUGACCUCUCAGACGGUUGUUACUAUUGCGUUCUAGCAUCUUAUGGAAAUCUUUAAGGUCGUAGUGUUGGGUUAGUAUUUUGUAUGUCUCAAUCAGAUCUCCGCGUUCUCUGCGCUCCUUCAAGGUUGUGAGCUUUAAGAAUUGUAGUCUUUCUUCAUAGGACAUGUUUUUGAGUUUCUUCGGUAUCUUGGUGAAACUACGUUGAACUUUCUCCAACAUCUCAAUAUCCUUGAUAAAAUAAGGGCUCCAUACUUGAAAUGCAUACUCCAAUAUAGGCCUAACAUAGGUUUUGUGAAUUUUGAGCAUCAUAUCCGGCGUCAGAUUCCCAAAAGCUUUUCUUAUGAGGUAGAUAAGGCUCUUUGCUUUCUUCACGAUUGCAGUUAUAUGUUCUUCCCAUUUCAAGUCCUCAGUGAUUUUGACACCCAGAUCGAUUUGUACCUUGACAGCUUUUAAGGGAGUGUUGUCCAUAUUAUAUGUGUAAUGA